AAGGGCCCGGCGUGGGCGGGGCGUGGAGCGGCGAGUGGCGCCGAGUGCGCCGGCGUCGAGCGCCGGGACAGGGCGUGUUCUCGUGCUGAGGCUAGCUGGGCUCUCUCCCGCUGCAUCUCUGGCACCUGAGUUGCACCCUGGCAGAGCCCGUGCUUCCCGCGCCCCACCUGUCAGGAGCUGCCUUCCGCGAUAAUGUCCAAGUCUCUGAAAAAGCUGGUGGAGGAGAGCCGAGAGAAGAACCAGCCGGAAGUGGACAUGAGUGACCGGGGCAUUUCCAGCAUGCUGGAUGUCAACGGCUUGUUCUCCUUAUCCCACAUCACACAACUGGUCCUGAGCCACAACAAGCUAACAACUGUGCCACCCAACACAGCGGAACUGAAGAAUCUGGAAGUGCUUAACUUUUUUAAUAACCAGAUCGAGGAGCUGCCUACACAGAUCAGCAGCCUUCAAAAACUCAAACACCUGAACCUGGGCAUGAAUAGACUGAACACUUUGCCUCGAGGAUUUGGCUCUCUCCCAGCUCUUGAGGUCCUUGAUUUGACUUACAACAACCUGAAUGAGAAUUCUCUUCCUGGAAACUUCUUCUACCUUACCACCCUGCGUGCACUCUAUCUAAGUGACAACGAUUUUGAAAUCCUGCCGCCAGAUAUUGGGAAGCUCACAAAGUUGCAGAUACUAAGCCUUCGGGAUAACGACCUGAUCUCGCUGCCUAAGGAAAUCGGGGAGCUUACUCAGCUUAAGGAACUUCACAUUCAGGGGAACCGCCUGACCGUUCUGCCCCCAGAAUUAGGAAACUUGGAUUUAACUGGUCAGAAGCAGGUUUUCAAAGCAGAGAACAACCCCUGGGUUACCCCUAUUGCUGAUCAGUUUCAACUUGGUGUUUCCCACGUUUUUGAAUAUAUCCGUUCUGAAACAUAUAAAUACCUCUACGGCAGACACAUGCAGGCAAACCCAGAACCGCCGAAGAAAAAUAAUGACAAGUCAAAAAAGAUCAGCCGGAAACCUCUGACAGCCAAGAACAAAUAAGGGGUUGGCAUGGGCUGGACUGCUGGUCACUUCCCCCUUUAUUCGCUUCUCUUGCACAAUCUCACAAGUAAAUACAGUGUGUGUUUUGUGGGGGGGGGGUUUCCUUUUCACUUUCUCUUUCUAGUGUUGACCGCCUUUGCUUUUAAAUUCUUUUGGUAGAUGUUAGAUUUUUAUAAUUCUUAAAACCAUUUCCAUUUGUUUCCUUAAAAUUGCAAAAUGCAGGAAACAAGACUCUAAUUCCACUGCAAAUUCCAUAUAGUCGCAAGUUUCAGUCCUUGAAUAGGUGUUCACCAAGCUGCUUAUUAUCAAAAGAGUAAUUAAAUCAUAUAAUCAUAUAUAUAUAUAUAUAUAAUGUCACAGUUAACACACUUGUCUCUUCUGUUUAGUCGCAGAACUCAUUAUUUUGCUUUAUUAAAAAUUUUCCUUCACCACCGAGAUACUAUGUUAACUUACGAAUGAUUUUAAUGAUAUCUUGAAUUUGUAUUACAUGUUCCUUCUUGAGCAGAAUAAAGAACAAUUAGAUCUUGGAUCAUA